GGGGCGGCCUCCCGGCGCUGACACAGGGGCAUCGGGGCGCGCUGCGCGGCCGGGCCGUGCCGAGCCGGGCCGGGGGUGGGUGUGGAGCGCCCGCCUCUCGCGGCUCGCAGCCGGGUGCCUCCCGCGGGCGCUGGCGGCUGGCUGGCUACCCAGAGUGCAGCAGGCAGGCGGGCAGGCGGCAGGCGGCGGCCGGCACCGAGCUGCUGGCGCUCUCCCGGCCCGCCGGCGCAGCGGGAGCCGGGCCCAGGCGGCGGCGGCGGCGCGGCCCAGAAUGCGAGUGUGAGAUGCUUCCCCCGGCAGCGGCGCCCCGGGCCCAGGCGGCGGCGGCGGCCCCCGCGUGGAUGAGGCUCUGGAACCGGCGCUUCGCCCUGCACAAACAUUUCUAUAGGACUCAUUCGCCUUGCUGAGGAGAUCGGGCCCCGCGCGGCGCGGCGCGGCCCGGCCGCACCAACACCCCCCGUCCCCCGGUCCUCCGUCCCCCGCGGCACCCUCGCGGGCUGCCGGCCCGAGGGCCAUGGAGGGCCCCGGCGGCGCCUCGCCGCUCAGCCCCGCGCUGGUCGGCCGCCUCCGCCAGGAGCAGCAGAAGGUGGUCACUAGCUGCCAAGAAAAAAUCCAGCACUGGAAGAAGGUGGAGGGUGAUUAUGAGGCUCUUCAGGAACGACUCCGUACUUUGCCUGAUAAACUGUCCUAUGAUAUCAUGGUACCUUUUGGUCCUCUUGCCUUCAUGCCGGGAAAACUUGUCCACACCAAUGAGGUUACUGUUCUGCUUGGGGACAACUGGUUUUCAAAAUGCUCAGCGAAGCAGGCUGCUGAGCUAGUUGAGCACAGAAAAAAACAUGUAAGGAAAGCACUGGAUGAUUUGCAAAAAGUCAUGAAGAAUUUUGAAUCACGAGUUGAAUUCACAGAAGAUUUGCAGAAAAUGAGUGAUGCUGCAGGUGAUUUUGUUGACAUAAGAGAAAAAGUUGAAGAUGAUAGCAUUGAAACAAAAGGGAAAUACAGAAGAGCUCACAAACCUCAUUCAAAGCCAAAAGUAUCAAAUGGUUUUGAGGUAGAUUCUGCAACAAAUGGAAAUGACAUGAAAUCAGUGGGCUGUUAUCAGUCGGAGGAGGAACUCUGGGCCCGCUUAGAAGAGCUUGAGAGACAAGAAGAGAUACUUGGUGAACUUGACAGAACGCCUGAUACAGUUGAGACAAAUGGAGAAGAUACAACCUCUUCUGAAGAGGAGAGAGAGGAUAAGAGGAUGGAUCUGAAUGGGACGUACAGAGCAGAAGACUGUAUUACUCAGGGCAACUUCCAGAAAGAAGUAACAAAUUCAGACUUGUAUGGUGGCCAAGUUAAUGGCUCUACUUUUUAUCACAGUGAUGACGAAGAUGACAUAGAUGUUGGAGAUAGCUCUAUUCCAACUAUUUUUUUCUCUCAUACUGUUGAACCUAAAAGGGUAAGAAUAAACACAGGAAAAAAUACUACUUUGAAAUUCAGUGAGAAGAAAGAAGAAGCCAAGCGUAAAAGGAAGAACAGUAAUGGCAAUGGCCAUGCGACUCCAGAACUGCCUAACAUCAAAACCCCAGCAGACAUUUACCGAGUCUUUGUUGAUGUUGUGAAUGGAGAAUAUGUCCCUCGUAAAUCAAUUUUGAAGUCUCGAAGCAGAGAGAAUAGCGUUUGUAGCGAUACCAGUGAGAACAGUGCUGCUGAGUUUGAUGACAGACGAGGAGUUCAGAGGAGUAUUAGCUGUGAUGAAGCUACUCAGAGUGACAACAGUGAAGGCAUACUGGAGGAAGAAGAGGAAGAGGGGCAGCAGCAGCUACCAAAAAAGCUUUCUCCCUCUUCAGGGACAACUGAGGCAUUUUCUGGAACUGUUAUAGAAAAGGAGCCUUUGUCUCCCUCUGUAAUACCACACCCAGUCAUUGCUCACCCUGUCCUGCCCACCAUUCUGGAGCGAAAGUCAGAGGAAGUUUUGUCCGAAGGGUCAGAAGAAACUACAAAGAGGAUUUCAAAAUUCAAAGCUGCCAGAAUGCAACAGACUAACUAGGUCUUGCCUAGACCGCUGAAAUUUGUAUUAAUGCCUAGUUUAACAUUUGUUGAGAUUAUGUAAAGCUAUAUGCAUUACACCAAGGUAGUUAAAAGGGUGUCCUACGUUGAUUUGGCAUUGUUUAUAUUUCAAACUUCUAUUGGCAACAUAUAAAAAAAAAAGUUCAGUGUUUGAACACUUGAGUAUUCAUCUUUUUCUUUUUUGUUGAUUUACCUGUAUGCUGUCAGCACCUUUGUGUAUGUUUGCCUUAUGAUAGCAGCACUUGGGUUAUUUUUCAAAAAAUGUUUCUUACAUAUAUUGUUUCUGUGUUUAAACCUAAAUACAGUCAGUUUUGUGCCAGCUGUGAUGUUCUGCGUACCAUAUGGACCAUUUUAAGGAAACUUUUCACAUUUCAAAUAGAUCCAACAAUUAUAUUGCAUUACUUGCUUUAGCAUUUUAAGACACACUUGUAUUUCCAUUGUUGUAGGUUUUGCAACUAGGUGUCUGCUAAAAGUUUUUUUCCUUCUGUCAAACCUCUCUGAUGUCUCACUGUACAGAUCUAUAAAAUGCUGGGUUCAUGUACAUUGCAGGGAAGUUUCUUUGAUGGAAAAGGGUAUUUUGUAAAAUUAAAUUUUCAGUAAAAAAGCUGUGAAAGUUG